AUGGCCGGACGUAAUGACCUUGCUAUUGCAAAUGCGUUGAACAAUAUUGCCCAGGCCUUUGGGAAUAUUCAGGGUAAUGCGGAGGAAGAGAGGCUGGAUAGAUUUUUGAAGAAUAACCCUCCCACGUUCAAAAGGAUGUAUGAUCCUGAGGGUGCACAGGAUUGGCUUCAGGAGAUUGAAAGAAUAUUCAGGGCUAUGGCGUCGACAGACUCACAGAGGGUGACAUUGGCAACCCAUAUGUUGAAGGGGGAGGCUGACCGCUGGUGGGGCAACGCGCGACAAAGAAUGCAAGCGGCAGGCAUCCUAAUCACUUGGGCCGGGUUCAAAGGGGCCUUCUUGGAAAAGUACUUCCCUGCUGAUGUUCAGAGCAAGAAAGAGAUGGAAUUCUUGGGGCUGAGCCAAGGUACUAUGUCGGUGGCCGAAUAUGCUGCCAAAUUUGAAGACCUGAUAAGAUAUUGUCCCCACUACAACAAUGUUGAGAACGAGAGGUCGAAGUGCGUCAAAUUCGAGAAUGGCUUGCGACCAGAGAUCAAGGCAGGUAUUGAAUAUCAAGAGCUCCGUCAGUUUGCUACCUUGGUCAAUAAGAGUCGGAUCUAUGAAGAAGAUAACAAAGCUAAGAGCAACCACUACAAGGCCUUGAGCGACAAGAAGAAUGUGGGCCAGAACCGCAGCAAACCAUAUGACAAGCCGAAAGUAGAUCAGGAAGGUAAGCAGAAGACUACUGAUGGGCAUGACACAAGUGGGGGAGGCCGUUGCUAUAGGUGUGGCGAGACAGGACACAAGAUCGCAGAGUGCAAGGCGAAGAAUCUGAAAUGUUAUAAAUGUGGAAAGCCGGGACAUUUUGCAAAUGAGUGUAAAAAUCCCGUGAUUUGUUUUAAUUGUUCAGAGCCAGGCCAUAUUAGUACCAAGUGUGACAAACCAUGGAGGACACGAGAUGCUACUCCGGCGAAAGGGAAGGUGUUCGCCUUGUGGGGCUCGGAGCCAGAUGCAUGA